AUGGCUCGUGGAAUCGAUAUAUCGGAAAUAGACUGGGUGUUACAAUAUGAUCCUCCCAGUACAGCAAGCAGUUUCGUACAUAGAUGCGGUAGAACUGCGAGAAUCGGUAAUGAAGGAAACGCAUUGCUAUUUCUUCUAGAAACAGAGAGUGCAUAUGUAGAUUUCAUUAAAAGAAAUCAAAAAGUCGAGCUACGUCAGAUGGAAAGAGAAUUAAACGAGGAAACUAUUGAUGAAUGCUUACAGUGCAUGAGGCGGAUGCAACAAAGGGAUCGACUUAUGUUUGAUAAAGCCAAUCGUGCCUUUGUUUCAUACGUGCAGGCGUAUAAUAAACACGAAUGUAAUUUAAUUCUUCAGUUAAAAGAUAUUGAUUUGGGAAAAUUGGCGAUGGGUUUCGGUCUUUUGAGAAUGCCAAAAAUGCCGGAGCUCAAAGGGAAGAAUUUAUCAUCUUUUAUUGGUCCUGAAAUUGAUGUAAACACGAUACCUUAUGUACACAAACAACGUGAAUUGUGCAGAAUUAAAAGAUUGAACGAGUAUCAGAGCACUGGUGUUUGGACAAAUAAUCAGAAAAAAUGUAAACAAAACCGAGUGGAAUCCUGGUCUGAAACCAAAAAGAAAAAACUCGAGAGACGAGAGAAACGAAAUAUCGCAAGAAGAAUUUGA